UGUCGGGAUGACAAGUUUCAUUUCCUCAGUAGCGUGUGUGUGUGUGUGUGUGUGUGUGUGUGUGUGUGUGUGUGUGUGACAGAGAGAGUAGUUCUUUCUGUCCUUUUCAUUUUAGGCUCCGGAUCUCAGCUGCUGAGGCACAAAAAGGUUCUGGUCCGCUAACCCCAGUGAUUUGGACCAUGGGCGGUUGCUACGUGAUAGCGGUCCUGGUGGGUGCGGCCUUGCUUUUGACGUCCGGCCAAUGUGACGCGAGCUGUGCGGGAACAGACGGCCGCCCAGGAGAGGCCGGAACCCCGGGCAGAGACGGAUGGCCUGGAGUGAAGGGAGACAAAGGAGAGCCGGCUGCGAUGGCCGCCGGUCCGGUGGACGCCAGCGUCCUGCUGAUGAUGAAGGGAGGCAUGGGAGGUCGGGGAUUGCAAGGACCCAUGGGUCCUAAAGGUUUCCGUGGAGAUCUGGGAGAACCGGGUCGCCCCGGACAACCAGGUCGCCAAGGCCCUGAGGGGAAGGGCAUCGGCCACGGGCAACACUCCACUGAGCAGGCCCGUUCAGCCUUCUCCGUGAUCCGGACCGACAGCAGUUACCCUCGCUACGACAAGACGGUGACCUACCAGAAGACCGUGGUCAACCAAAACCAGGACUUUGAAGCAGCCACAGGUUUCUUCACCUGCAAAGUAGCCGGUGUUUACUACUUCACCUUCCACUCCGCUGCCAAGGUCAGCAUGUGUCUGCGUUUAGCCAGCGAGGCUCUGCCCAACAAGCUGGGAUUCUGCGGUUACAACAGGAACAACGAACAGGUGUUGUCCGGCGGCGCCGUUCUGCAGCUGGCGGUCGGACAGAGGGUCUGGCUCGAGUCCUUCAGGGACGAACAGCCGGAUUCUGAUCUGCGAGACAUGCAGGAAAAGAUGAUCAUCUUCAACGGCUUCCUGCUCUUCUGAGAUCCAGAGUGUGGGAGCGUUAAAGAAAAACAAAAUCUUCCAUUUCACAUUUCCCAUUUCUGGAAAGGACAAGUGACCACGACACAGAAAAAUGAUUUAUUUUCUUCUUGUUGAUGCGACAAUUUACAUGUUGACUGUUUCUGCAACGUGUUGGUUUCUGUGAAUGCAACAAAAACAAAAUUAAAGUUUAUUACUGAG